GCUCAGACUGUGCAAGUGGCAGCGGAGCCGGGACGAGGUGUCAGCACGUCUUCUGCUCUAGGAACUAAGCAUGAUGCUGAAGUCAAUACAAGAAAGAAGACAUUCACUGAGGUCCAAACAGAACGAUUGGAGCAAGCAGAACGGACUGUUUUAAUUAAGUGCCCACCAAAACUUAAUGAAAAAAAAUUAUUGCAGUAUUUAUCCAGUCAUGGAAACAUUAAGAGUCAUUUCUUUUUUGAAAAUCGUGGUAUCCAUGCUUUAAUAGAAUUUUCGGAAAAGAAAAGUAUAGCCUCAUUGGAGGAUGCUGUUGGAAUCCCAAGUGGUGCAGAGCAUCAUGUUGUCCCGUUUAAAUCUAGGCUCUUUACUUUCACACUGAAAAACCCAGUGAGUCAAGCUGCUGAAGAGACACCCGUUCACCUCUCUCCUCAGACUCACAUUCCAGUGAAAGACCUUAUUCAAAAGCUUUGUCAUGCAGACAGUGUAAGCAGUCAAAUGUACAUUUUACUGAAUGAGUAUCAGCUUACAGAAGAAAAUAUCAAGCUCCGAUUUCUGGCCUGUUCUCUGGUUCGAGAUUUCACACGUGCAUAUUUUCCAGACAGCACAGUAAAGCCAUUUGGCUCUUCAGUCAACACCUUUGGCAAAUUGGGAUGUGAUGUGGACAUGUUUCUGGACUUCCAUGAUGUACGAAAGCAUGCUACAAAAAUGAAAAAAGGUCCCUUCGAAAUGGAAUAUCAGAUGAAAAGAUUACCAUCUGAAAGAUUAGCAACUCAGAAAAUUCUUUCUGUGAUUGGUGAUUGCCUUGAUAAUUUUGGUCCUGGAUGUGUGAGCGUACAGAAGAUACUCAAUGCUCGCUGCCCGCUGGUGAAAUUUUCCCAUCAACCAACAGGAUUCCAGUGUGAUCUGUCAGUGAGCAACAGCAUUGCUAUAAAAAGUUCAGAACUCUUGUAUAUCUAUGGCUGUCUUGAUUCCCGUGUAAGAGCACUAGUGUUCACUGUACGGUGUUGGGCCCGUGUUCAUGGACUUACAAAUAGUGUUCCUGGUAACUGGAUUACAAACUUCUCCCUGACCAUGAUGGUCAUGUUUUUUCUUCAAAAGAGAUCACCACCUAUCAUUCCAACACUAGACCAACUUAAAGAACUGGCAGAUGAAAAAGACAAGCAUGUAAUUGGAGGAUAUGAUUGCUCAUUUGUUAGUGACUUAAGCAAGAUUAAACCUACAAAAAAUACAGAAACACUUGAUGUAUUGUUGGGUGACUUUUUUGAAUAUUUUGGAAACUUUGAUUUCAGAAAGAAUUCCAUAAAUCUUCGAAAGGGAAAGGAAGUAAAUAAACCUGAGUCGUCUCCUCUUUAUAUCUGGAAUCCCUUUGAACAAGACCUUAAUAUCAGCAAGAAUGUUAAUCAGCCACAGCUGGAGAAAUUUGUAGCUAUGGCCAGAGAAAGUGCCUGGAUUUUACAGAAGGAAGAUAAAACUCAGCGAAUGAUCAAUAAAGAGCCUUGGGGACUGGCAGCCCUGCUGAUACCAUUUGGGAAAAGUAAUCCCAGCAAGAUGAAGAAUAGGAUGAAAGGAAUAGGGAGCGAAACAAUCAGAAGCCUCUUGGACUCUUUAAAGUUAAAUAAUCCAAACAGUCUACAAAAAGCAGUGGGAAAGUGACUUUCAGCACAGAAACACAGUAGCUGGUAUUCUGUUUUAGGAAUUGAAUGUGACACACAGUCCGAAGAACGUUACUUUUAAUAUUUUUAUUAUGGUGAAAUGUAGAGUCAAAUGACCUCUGUUUUCCAUUCUGAUUCUUUUUGUACAGAUCUGCUUUCUUUCUGUACAUUUUUCUCCUUCUUACUCCUCACUUUUCCAUCUGUUUUAUGAAUGAAGAGUGUUGAAAUGCAAGUUUU